GUCUCUGCGCGUCGCCCCGCGCCCCCGCCCCGCAAGCGAGGACUGCCCCUUCCCCCGCGCACGCCCCCAUCCCCUCGCCCUAGGUGAGCCCCGGGGUCUCAGGGGACCCUCUUCCUUUGAGGAGGCCUCCUGCUUCCUCCAGGCACUGGGCUCCCUCUGCUCCCCGUGGGCCGCUCCCCGCGUGGGGCCACUGCCCUUGGCCCCCGCCAUGGUGCGGAUUUCAAAGCCCAAGACGUUUCAGGCCUACUUGGAUGAUUGUCACAGGAGGUAUAGCUGUGCCCACUGUCGCGCUCACCUGGCCAACCACGACGACCUCAUCUCCAAGUCCUUCCAGGGCAGUCAGGGGCGUGCCUACCUCUUCAACUCUGUGGUGAACGUGGGCUGCGGGCCAGCAGAAGAGCGGGUGCUCCUGACAGGUCUUCAUGCUGUCGCUGACAUCCACUGCGAGAACUGCAAGACCACUUUGGGCUGGAAAUAUGAGCAAGCCUUUGAGAGCAGCCAGAAAUACAAAGAGGGGAAGUACAUCAUUGAACUCAACCACAUGAUCAAAGACAACGGCUGGGAUUGACCUAGCUCCUGACGCAUGUGGCUUCAGCCCGGCCUGGCCGCCAGGGGGAGCCACUGGUUUCGCUCCUCCUGAAGGGAGCUCUGGACCCUCAGGGCCCCCACGGGGGAAGGAUCCAGCUCCUGUACAUAUAUUUUAUUGCAUGCACUGUGACCUUGGGGGGGAGACAAAAAGGGGGAUUGUACAACCCCCGCGCCCAUCCCCCGCACCUCUCUGCGAUCUGGCUGGCUUGGAUCUCAUUUUUUAACCCCUUCCUGUCUUGCCUGCCCCAUAGAUAUGGCCUGUGUGCUGCUCUCAUGGCCCUGGUGCACCAUCUUUCAGUGAAUCUCUCCCACUGGAUCCCUCUUACUUGCAACGUGUCUGUUCUCGUUCUGUAGCGUUUGUAAAUAAUAAAACAAUGGAAUGGA